GGCGGGCGGUGGUAAUAACCGGCAGGCAGUCAGGCACCAAUCUCGGAGCCAAACAACGCCCAUACGACGAGACGAGAAGAGGAGAAGCGGAGCGCAUCGCUCGGUCUUCCUUCCUUCCGUCCGUCCGCGGGGCACAAACGCACCCACCACCCCCCCAUAACGCGCGAGAUCCCCUCUCCGCCCCCCCUCUCCCGAUCCGCCCCGCCGGAUCCCGCCCCGCCCCGAUCCGAUCCGACCUAGCCCGCCUCGCCGCCGCCGCCGUCGCCGGCCGGAGAAGGGAGGAAGGAGAAGGAGAAGGAGAAGAAGAGGAGGCACGAGAUGGCCCCCGUGUCGGCGCUCGCCAAGUACAAGCUGGUGUUCCUCGGCGACCAGUCCGUCGGCAAGACCAGCAUCAUCACCCGCUUCAUGUACGACAAGUUCGACAACACCUACCAGGCUACAAUCGGUAUUGACUUCCUGUCAAAGACAAUGUACCUUGAAGAUAGGACUGUCAGACUGCAACUUUGGGAUACAGCUGGUCAGGAACGAUUCAGGAGUUUGAUUCCAAGCUAUAUCAGAGACUCUUCCGUUGCUGUCAUCGUAUUUGAUGUUGCAAGCAGACAGUCUUUCCUAAACACUUCAAAAUGGAUAGAGGAAGUUAGAACUGAGAGGGGCAGUGAUGUUAUCAUUGUGCUGGUUGGGAACAAAACUGAUCUUGUUGACAAGAGGCAAGUCUCCAUAGAGGAAGGAGAGGGCAAAGCGAAAGAUCUCGGUGUGAUGUUCAUUGAAACCAGUGCUAAAGCUGGUUUUAACAUUAAGGCGUUGUUCCGUAAGAUUGCGGCUGCACUUCCUGGAAUGGAGACCCUCUCAUCAGCAAAGCAGGAAGACAUGGUUGAUGUGAACUUGAAGUCAAGCAACGCCAACUCAUCCCAGUCUCAGGCACAGGCUGGGGGAUGCAGUUGUUAGCUUCAGUCCCCUAACACUUACUGCUUCGCGGUCUCAAGGCCCCCCAUGCCUCUUUCACCAAAAGCAUCAGUACUGCUUGUCUGAGGGGAGGAGAGUUAAAUUGUCGUCUCAUGCCAGUGAAUCCGACCGAGUCUUCGAUUCGGUCGAACGAACCAUUUGCAUUGGAAAAAGAUAACGUUUUAUGAGUUUCUACCAUUUUCUCAGUGGCCUAAAGCUAGCAACAGUGUAUAGUUGGGUUGGCACUGUGAACUUCUAUCUCUUGAGUUGGGUAUUUAGAAGUUAGUGAUUGUUUUAAGUUCAUCCUCUAUAUAUUUUCAUCUCCCAUCUUGUCACAGUUAGCCUCAGUAAUGUUUUCUAUGGUGUACCGAACAUAUAUUGGAAUUUUUGUAAGCUUACAAUAAUCUCUACAUGGCAGUAGCCAUAUGUUAUCCCGGUUGUUUUGACCAUUCAAA